UUUGACUGGCUGAGGGAAGUCCAGGGCUCUCAUGCCGUCUCCGCCUCCUACCCUCCUCCUCCUCCUUUUCCUCCUCCUCCUCCCUUCGCCUGGCUCGCCUUGACGUGUUCAGGAAUGUGGCUCGCCGGCUGCUGGCCGGAGAAGGGAGGAAAAGAGCCGGGAAAGGCGAGAAGGAGGUAUUCUUCUUCCUCCUCCUCCUCCUCCACAUUGCUUGGUCUUCUCCCCAGCAUGGUCUCCUCUCUUGGGAUUCGCCCACCUCUUUAAAUGCCCAGCGCGCUGCUUGGCCAGCUGGUUGCCCACAACAACAAGCCCCAAAAUGCCCGAAGUCCCCGAGCACAUUGGCGAAUAGGCGGCGACCGGAGGAAAAGGAAAGCAGCCUUGGAUGCGUUGCAUGGACAGGACGGGGAGCUCUCCAAGGUGCUGAAAUCCCGCCCGACUGAGCAAUCAGCGCAACUCUCCGCUCUCCACCUCGUGCUCCCUUUUCAUGACUCGGAGACGGGCGCCGGCGGCGGGGAAGCGCUGGUAGAUAGAUGCCUCCCAAAACCAUGGCCCGGAUUCAGUACCUGCGCGCCGCCGCCGUCUCGGGAUUCUACCUCUGGGAAGCCGCCCUGCUGCUCAGUUUGGUGGCUACAAAAGAAACAGACAGCGCAAGAUCUCGAAGCAUGCCAAUGUCCCCAUCGGAUUUCUUGGAUAAAUUAAUGGGUAGAAUGUCUGGCUACGAUGCAAGAAUCAGGCCAAAUUUCAAAGGGCCUCCAGUAAAUGUCACAUGUAACAUCUUUAUAAACAGUUUUGGAUCCAUUGCUGAAACAACUAUGGAUUAUCGAGUGAACAUCUUUCUCCGGCAGAACUGGAAUGAUCCUCGUCUUGCUUAUAGUGAAUACCCAGAUGAUUCUUUAGACUUAGAUCCUUCUAUGUUGGACUCUAUUUGGAAACCAGACUUGUUUUUUGCCAAUGAAAAGGGUGCAAACUUUCACGAAGUAACAACAGAUAACAAGUUGCUACGAAUUUUUAAAAAUGGAAAUGUUCUAUAUUCAAUCAGACUGACUUUAAUACUCUCCUGUCCAAUGGAUCUCAAAAAUUUCCCAAUGGAUGUCCAAACAUGUAUAAUGCAGCUGGAAAGCUUUGGAUAUACAAUGAAUGAUCUUAUUUUUGAAUGGCAAGAAAAUGGUGCUGUACAAGUAGCAGAUGGACUCACUUUGCCACAGUUCCUGCUGAAAGAAGAUAAAGAUUUGGUUUACUGCACCAAACAUUAUAACACAGGCAAGUUUACAUGUAUUGAAGUUCGAUUCCACCUCGAAAGACAGAUGGGUUAUUACCUCAUUCAAAUGUACAUACCAAGCCUCUUGAUUGUCAUAUUAUCCUGGGUGUCAUUUUGGAUCAAUAUGGAUGCAGCUCCAGCCAGAGUUGCUCUAGGUAUAACAACUGUACUUACUAUGACAACACAGAGUUCAGGGUCGCGGGCUUCACUCCCAAAGGUAUCAUACGUCAAGGCUAUUGACAUAUGGAUGGCUGUUUGCCUGCUUUUUGUAUUCUCGGCACUUCUGGAGUAUGCAGCUGUAAACUUUGUGUCAAGACAACAUAAAGAACUUUUGAGAUUUCAUCGAAAGAGGAAGAAGAACAAGCUUGAUGGAAAUGAAUCAUUGCGGCGUAGCAAUGGCUUGAGAAGUGCAGAACUCAUAGACGGAUCUUUGGCUCAAAUCUACAAUAUAAAUUUAAGGGAUGAUGACAUGAGGGAGAACCGGUUCAGCUUCACAGGGUAUGGCAUGGGACCACCAUGUAUACCAGCAAAAGAUGGAGUGGCUCCAAAGGGGCCUAAUAAUCCAACUCAACCUGCACCAAAAAGCCAUGAAGAGAUGAGGAAGGUAUUCAUUGAUCGGGCCAAGAAAAUUGACACCAUCUCCCGAGCCUGUUUUCCAUUAGCUUUUCUGAUAUUCAACAUUUUUUACUGGGUCAUCUAUAAAAUCGUUAGGCAUGAGGACAUUCACCAAAAACAAGAUUAAGAUUUCCAGUUCUCGUGGUGGUACAAAUCAGUAUAUAAAUACUGAUAGGCUCACAAAAGGGCAUGAAGGGGGGAAAUCAUAUUUGACUUGCUAUGCGAAGUCACAAUGAGUAGAACAAUGGCAUCCUAUGAAGAUACAAUACCUGCUACAACAGUGUUUUUACUUGUUAUUAACUAGAAGUAACCAACUUUUGCAAAGUGAAAUCACAACAUUCUCUAGACUAAUCUCUACUGCCAACAAAUUUAUACAUAGUGUUACAUAAUGGUAUAGCAUUCUUUGAUGUUCCUUGCUACAGUUUUUAAUUAAAUUGUAUUUUUAAAUCUAUCAAAAUAAAGCCCAGAUGUCUUUAGAUAAGUGCCAUAUUAACAAAGAUGCUACUACACGUUUAACUCUCCUUUAAACUUUUUAAGGAAAUAUCUGCCUUGGUCUCGAUUCUGAAAAACGUAGCUGUUGGUUCAAAAGGUUUUCCUUUCAAGCAAUGAGGCAUGUUUUUUAGACUUAAGGACACUGCCAGUGGCUUUUAUAACAAGCACAAGACACAUUUUAGGCAACAUGUUACAAAGAAAAACAGUUAUAAACUUCAUAGUGGGCAAUCCACAAACCACUAACUCAGUGUGAUCCCAUGGAUAUUUCUAGUCAUGCUACAGUACUAUUCUGGAAUAAGCAGUGUAUUGAAUGUCAGCUAUCUGAAUUUCUGUUUCCCCCAGGUAUUUUUGAUUCCAGUUCUUUGUGAUAGUUGCCAGCCCUGUCACAAAUAAGUAUAUCUCAGCUCAGUGAUAGUAUAUAUAUGUAUGUAUGAAUAAGAGAGGAAGAGAGCUAGGGAAGCAUUGCAUCACAUCCAAUAACAUUCAACAGAGGAAAGGUCAGCAGGCUAGGCCUGUUGAAUAGAUCCGGCACUUCUCUCUGGCAUGUAGCUUACAUAAUAGAAUAGCCUCAGGUCCUCCAGCGAUUACUGUCACCUUCAAGGCCCCAGAGGAGGGAAAAUGUUGAAUAAAGCAGAGAAAGGUAAAUUAACAAGCGAUGGGAAACUGAUUGAGAAUUAAUAACCUACUGAUAAGCAUACUUAGUAAAAAUUGCAUGCCUUUGAGCUCACUAAAACUUAAUUGCACAUAAACAUACUUAAAAUUAGCCUGUAAAUGCUGUCCCUCACUGCUGGUCGAAAAAUAUAAAAUGCUUUUUGAGACUUUCCCCCCCAUAUCUAAGCUAAAUUCUAAUGUAUUUAUAGUAAACAUACCAAAACCCAUAUGUAUGCUUUGUGUCAGAAGAUGGGCAUAUAAUUCCCUUUGAAAAAUCCCAUUAGACUUUCUUUUUUACCAGAUAUUUUCUAGUUGGAACAAAAUAAUAUCCCAAUGCCAAAUACCAAUAGAUAUCUUGGAAGAUUUUGUGUCUGUGCAGUUAUUUUACAGAAUUAAAGCAAUUCAAGCUACAUGUUAAAUUCAAGCUAAUUUGGGACAGUGUCCACUACUACAUACCUGACAGUGAUCUGGAACAGGGCUACUUACAACCUCAUCAGAUGCAGUCCUCUCAGUUAUCUUCUCCCCAUUUCUCCACACUUCCUAAACAGGUCCCAUGGAGUCCAUCACAUGAUUCAAGGCAACUUCCAACGGGAUUCUGUGGGGCUUCAUUUUGGCAGUGUAGAGAAAUGGAGCCCAGAGUACUGUUUAAGAAGUUGGGUGUUAGUCGACUUGAAAUGGCAUAAAGCAGGGGAAAGACAGACCUUUACCAAGAAAGGAUGUGAGAUGACAGAUGAUAGUCCUCGACGGGAGGGAACGGAGUAAGACAGUUCCCUCCACUUUCCUUCUGCUUGUGUGAUGAAGCCCUUAAACUUUUUCCACUCACAACUUCUUUCUGCCCCAGAAAUUUUUACAUGGCUGCAUUACUCCUAUAAAGGUAAAUCCUUCUAAUAGUUGUAAACAAGACCCAGCCCCAUUUCUGUAAAGUUAAUAGCUUUUCUUUCAGCCUUUUUUGGAAUAUGGCAAAAACAUAAAUGUUCUAAACAUACAUUUUUGAAGAUAGCUAUAUAACCUUUUCAUGGUCAUACAUGUACUCUAUAUACAAGACUACAAAUAUAGGCCAAUAUCCUAUGAAAAUGGUAAUACAGUAGAGUCUCGCUUAUCCAACACUCGCUUAUCCAACGUUCUGGAUUAUCCAACGCAUUUUUGUAGUCAAUGUUUUCAAUACAUCAUGAUAUUUUGGUGCUAAAUUCGUAAAUACAGUAAUUACUACAUAGCGUUACUGCAUAUUGAACUACUUUUUCUGUCAAAUUUGUUGUAUAACAUGAUGUUUUGGUGCUUAAUUUGUAAAAUCAUAACCUAAUUUGAUGUUUAAUAGGCUUUUCCUUAAUGCCUCCUUAUUAUCCAACAUAUUCGCUUAUCCAACAUUCUGCCGGCCCGUUUAUGUUGAAUAAGUGAGACUCUACUGUACAUGCAUCUUUCUCAGAGAGAGAAAAAACAUAAAUUGUAUGAUAAUUUAGACAACAGGCUAAAUUAUCAGAAAAAUAUAGUAGGCAACGUUGGCCUAAAUUUUAACAUUUUCAUAAAAAGUAAUAACUGACCUUCAUAUUUAUUUUAAUUUUAAUUUUGAACUAUAUGCUAGAAAGCAUGUGGCAGGUAAAGAGUUUAAUGUCUCUUCAUGGGCUUUUUAAGGUGCUUCAAUAGAAAUGAUACAUCAUAUUCUACCAUUACUUCCUGGGAUAAAUUGUAUGGUGGGGGUAGCAGUGGGGAACCUUUUUUCCAUACAGAUUUCCUGAAAAGUAUGACCUGAAGAUUGCCAAAAUGUACAACUACUAGGAAAAGCUUAGUGCAUCAUAUUCUUCCAUUCUUUUAAAGUGUUUUUGGCCCAUACAACAGGCAUCAGAUUUUCCUGAUGUUCUGUGUGCUUAGCAUAUCUAGAAUAAGGUGUGUUGGUAUGUAUGUUAAGGUAGCCCUAGGGUAUAAUUCAGGAGGAGUGUGGAUUCUCAAGAUGAUCAUAUCCACUGUUUGGGAGCUGUGAAUGAGGUUGAUUUGUUCUAGAAUCAGACCUUUUUAACAUUCCAAGCUAAGGCUAAAGAAAUACAAUAUAUAAGGGUAGAGUUAGAAUAAAAUAAUACUGUGCACUUUAUAUAAUGUGUUGAGAAGCUCCAGAAAAAAAAAAUUGGUGAACCCAACAAUCCCGUUGAAAUUUUGAAUUAUAACAUUAAAAAUAUUCUCAACAUAUAUGGAGCACAUUGCAGCCCAUUGUCCUAGCAUCCAAAUAUGCAACAAUAUAAAGUGGGAGAUGAAAGAUAAAAAAAUGCAAGUUCCCUACUCCCAUCUCAAACAUAUUCAUUGUGACAUCUGGACUAUGCUUGCUUUGCAUUCACAUCUGUCUAGACACAAGUGGAUUCCAAUUAAUAUUCCUUAGCGCCCUCCCAAUUUCUUUUAGCUAAAAUUUCUGUUUUUAUUGCCAAAAAAGAAAAUAUGCUCUAUUUCUGUGUAUGUAUUUGAAUGACAAGCUGUGAGCACUGGGAUUGAUAUGUGGUUGGUGUUUUAUGUCUGGCACAUAUCAGAAGGGGCCAUCCUUUCAUCCCCAAGUCUGAACAAAAUGACCCAAAACUGGUAACUCUAUUGUUAUAGGAUAAAAUAGAAGCAUCAAGACAAUUUUAUAGGGCCAAACAUGCUUCUUUGAAGAAGUCAUUUCAAAACUUUUCCAAUAAACUAGCAAAAUAUCAAAUGUAAACAAAUGCAGAAGAAAAGGCUCGCAAUCACUUUUUUAUGAUUGAUUUUUAUUAAGACAACUUCAAACAAAAUCUACAUACAAACAUACAAGCAACAACAACAACAAAACAUUAAAAUACUUUUUCUAGAAUAAUAAUACUAUGUCAUAAGCAUGAAAAAACCCAAUAACUACAAACUACAAUCAAUCUAUAUUCUCUAAUCUAAGGACUUUACAUUCUGUGACUGGUAGUUAUAUUCUCACAGUUUUCUACACCCAUUUAGUGAAAAAGAAUCAUUGAUACAUCCUUUCCCCAUAUAAUAACAUACUUCUAGUCCAAAAGAUUAGUGAUGGAGAUUUGGCCCCAUCUUUGCUGGAGGAACACAAUAAAUAGGCCCCAAUCUUUCUUAAAGUUAGAUAUUUCUUCUUAAUCAACAUAGCAAGUUUAUCAAUUUCUGCAUAUUCGCUUAUUUUCAUAAGCCAAUCAUCUUGGGACGGAAUCAUUGAGUCUUUCCAUCUUUGAGUGUAUGUAAUUCUUGCUGCUGUUACCAUGUAUAGAAAUAACCUUCCACAUUUUCUAUCAAGUUGUUCAUCUAACAUCCCAAGCAGGUAAGAGUUCAGGUUUCAUUUCAAAUUUGACUUUAACUAUUUCUUUUGAAAUCAUAUUUAUUUAUUUCCAGGCCUUUUUACAUUACUACCACGUGUCGUAAAAUGUGCCCACCUUUUCCUCGCAAUUCCAAUAGUUGCUAGAACUAUUUUUAUACAUCUUAACAAUCCUUUCUGGUGUCAGAUACCAUCUAUACAUCAUUUUAUAAAAAUAUUCUUUCAAGUCAUUACCCAGUGUAAAUUUCAAACUCUUUGUCCAGAUUCUUUCCCAUUGUUCCAUUUGUAUUUGUUUACCAAACUUUUGUGCCCAUUUAACUAUACAGUCAUUCCCCUGUUCCUCCUCCAUUUAAUAUUUUAACAACAAUCUAUACAACUUAGCAAUUAAGUGAUCCUCUCCAAACUCCAAAACUGUUUCAAGUUUGGGUUUAUCAAUAACAGAUCCAAAUAAGUUUUUAUCCAUUUAAAUCGUUCUACUAACUGUCUGUAGGGAAACCACUGUAUUGGGAAGCUUUUAGACAGUAGUUCCUCUCUCGUCUUUAUUCUAUACUGAUCAUUAUCCAACACCAGCAAAUCUUUAUAAAUCAACCAUUUCUCUUCAAGGCAAUUUCCCUAAUAUUUAAUAACAAUCUCCCUAUGUAAUGGUUUUAAAAUUAGAGUAGGACUUUAUUUUAUCAUACCACAGAUAGGCAUGAAACCCAAAUUUCAGAUCUUCAGAUCUUCUCUUUCUAACUGUAGGCCUAGGCAAUGUUUAUUUCUCAAGAAUUAGGAAAAAUCCAGAGUUCUGCAUGGCCCUAUCUGUCAAAUCAAAUGUGAAAAUGGAAGUGGCAAGCUAUUGCUGUACUUAUUCCAAUUGUGAUAAAACAAGUCCUUGAGUAUUAAUGGAAGGAAAAGUUUGAUUCUAGUAAAGAUCAUAAUACUUAAGUUGUGUACAACAAACAAGGAGAGGCCAGGAGACUCUGGUUAUAACCAUCAACUUAAAGUAAAACUCCACACACAACAAGGGUCUCAUCUAGCCAUACUCUCUCAAAGGCAAAUGGACCCUUCCUAUAGCCCUCCAGAGAUAAUGUCACUUAAAUAUUAAAUUCAGCUCAAGACAUCACAGUGACUUCAAGUUCCACUAGAGAUUUUCCUUGGAACUUUUUUAUAGUCAUAGAUAGAGAGGUUAUUUUGGAUCUCCUGUAACACAAUAUAAAACUUUUGACAAGAUUGUUAGAGAAGCUAUUGGCAUGCUUUGUGUUAGACAAGGUAUUAGAUGAAAUGUCAUUCUACAUCAAAGGCAAGGCCAUAAAUUUAGAAGGCAGAAAGCAGUCAGUCAUGUAAAGAUGUCACAAUAUAUGAUGUUUUGAAGAUUAUACCCUGCAACCUGGAAUAACAGAAUGCUUAAUUUUAAUCCAAGGCGCCACAGACAAACUAAUAGUUUAAAUUCAACUCACAGUAUUAUGUUUAUCAUGGAUCCAAAGGAAAAACUGGUAGAUUGCCUAAUUUAGUACACUUUUUAGAAUAUAAGAUUAUCAAGAAAAGGUUUAUGUUGUCUUGUGCCAUCAGCACCUUCUUUAAAAAAAGUUACCAGCAUCUCACUAGUGCCUAAUUUAUACAUUCAAAAUACCAGCAGGUGCAUGACAACCUACUAUAAAUAAAUUGAAGAAGGAACUUAUUGCAAAGAAGGAAUUUAUUAGACAUGUUCAUGUUUCUGAUGGAUUAAAUACACCUUUAUUACAAUGUUGUAGCCAGCAAGGGAAGAUUCUAAUACAGUGACAAAGUUAGCAAAAGUGCUUUCCUUAUAUUGAACAUACUAGUCAUACUCUAUUGGGCCAAACUAUUGGGUGUAGUCCAACAAAGUGGUUAUUGCCAAAAAUGACACAAAGCAUUAACCAAAUAGAAUUCAUCUGUGCUUUUUUCUGAUGUCUGAGGUAUACACCUCUGAGAAGAACCCAGAAGAACUAUUGGUGUUUGAUUUUGUGACUGUUGACACCAUGAUGUGCCAACAGCAGCAUUGCAGCACACUGCAGGAAGAAAAAUAUAGAAUUGUCAAUUGGUUAGCCCUUCCAAUAUUUCAGCAUUAUACUUCAGUAUUUCACUGAAAGUAAAAGUGCAUGAAUAAUGGCUGCCUAGGCAGGGGGAAACUAUUCUCUUGGUAUUCUGACACUGUUCAUUAUGACCUGUCCCCUCCCCUCCCCAAACAUUAAUAAAAACAGGGUGCAACUUCAUCACCUGCAACCAAGGCAUCAGAUGUAGAAGGCUAAUUUUUUGGCUCACCCCUUGUUAUUGGAACACAUGGAUUCUUUUCAAAAGCCUUCUGGAAGGUAUAAUAACUUCAACUUAAGCAAUAGGAGUGGUAUUUUAGUAACAGAACAGUAGCUUAUAUGGUUCUUAUCUGUCAUGUAAAAUCCCAAACUGUCUUUGUUCUCUGCAGAGACAUUGUAGAAUGAGUCUCUUUCAGUAUGCAGUCCACUUUAGGCAUUAGUUCUCCAUAUGGUGGGUUAAAGUCAGAAGAAUGACCCCAUCUCCUGAUCUACUCUCCUUGCACAUGGCCAACUCUUCUUCCUCUCCUCAUGUCAGAGGAAAUGAAAGAGUGUAUCUGGAUGCAGAGUACUUUGAUUUCAAAGGGUCCCCUUCACAAAUGGGACCUUUACAUUAUGAUGGGACUCUUCCUGGUUUUAUGGAGGAGUCUACAUGAGCACAGCUUAUACCUUUGCCCAAUGUGUUUAGGGUAGUAAACUCAGAAAAAAUGCCAUGCAUGAGAGGCAGCAACAUAGCCUUGUUAUCCAUUAUUCAUGCACUGAUUUUUUAAAUAGCUAAAAUGUUAAAAGGUUUCGCUUUUUAUCUGUUAACAUAGGUCAUUAACUCCAGAUUCUUUACAUUGAAUAUGGAAGAAAAAGAUACUUGAAUUGUGAAUUAAAAGGUCAGCCAGCUUUGACACAUAUGUCUUUGGUUCAGAUGCAUAUUCAGAUGCACAGCCAAUUUACACAGUCUGUUUCCUCCAGCUUCUUAGUUUGUCAAAAAAAAAAAAGAAGGAAAAUGUAAUGUAUUUUGGAUGCAGACAUAAUUCUCACUGCCUCAGCAAAACAAGUGUUUUAAAAUGGGGCAUGCUGAGAUCAGCACCUGCUAGCAUUGCAGGAAAUAUCUAAAUAUUGAAUGAUAGGAUCCUAUAUUAAUGUCAGACUCUAGUAUGGGCAGCAGUUCACACACACAAGGCUACAAAAACCAACUAAGAGCACAGAUGGCAGAAUCAAGAGAAACAGAUGCUACACAAUAUUUUGAGAAAAAUGCCUAUAGGUCUAUGAUUGUUCUGUGCAAAGUACAUUUCAAAAUUUGCCAUUGUUGUUAUGCACCUCCAUGUUGACUCUGACUUAUGCGAACCCUAUUAUAGGAUUUUCUUGGUGAGACUUAUUCAGAGUAACAACCUCAUCAGAUGGGCCACCAGAAACCCCACACAUUGUGGCAAACACAGUGUUGCCCAUCAGAGGCUGUGGGGAAUCCAUCACCCCACGCCCCACAUCACCCAUGGAAUGACCCCCCAUUCCAGGGGAGGAAGCGCCAGUACCCGGCUUCCCCCCAUUAACUUCUAUUCAACAUAGGAAGUCUUUCCGUGUUGCUGUGAUGGUUGCAUGUGCUGGCCCGCCUAUACUUUUAUGCCAGAGCCCUGCCAGAAGUUACUCUACGUCAUGGGAUGCGAACCAACAGGCUCCGUCAUAGUAUAGGCGAAAUGGCGCAUGCUGCCAAAAAGGACCUCAUGUGAUGAAGUUAUUAGUUUGCUAUUGCCUUCCUCAGACUUACAGAGCAUGGCUUGCCCAAGGUGACUUAAUGUCUAGUCUAGCAUUCAAGAACUUACAUGAGAUUGGUGCUCUCAUUUUCAGAAUAAUUGUCCAUAAGUUUCAAUUAAUCAAUAAUUCCUAACUUUUGUUCUAUUCUUGUUCCUUGUUUCUUGAGUAGUCAUUUGCCAUUAAUAUAUUCAAUAAAUAUUAUUCCUUCUCAUUACAGCAUUAAAGCAAUGGGAAGGUGUCCCUCCAUCUACAGUGCAGCUGCUGGUAUUAAAUAUACAAGCAGCAUACCUAAAUCUGGUAAUAGAGAAAAUAAUUGUGAUAAACAUACUGCACAGGGCAGCACUAGCUCAUCUACUCUCUAUGUAGUAGAAUUGCUGCAAGACAAAACUAUGGUGGUGAUGAUUUAUAGCACUGUUUCCCAAAUUUUAGAUUUAAUUCCUGUUAGCCAAGCUGGCUGGGACUUUUAUGAAUUGAAUUCCAAAAUAGUAGGAGGACCAAAAUUUGAGAACUACUGGUUUAGGAUAUGAAAAGGGCAUUUUCUUGAGAUCAGAGGCCUGCAUCUGUCUCCCCAAAUCCUCACAAGCUCAUAUGGCCACCAUAAUGCCUGCUGCUGCUGCAAUUCCCAUUGCUGCUAUAUUUUUUAUCAAAGAGCCAAGAACAACUGAGACAACUCUUCAUGGUGCUGGAAAGUAGCAGACCACCUUCUACCCCAUAGACACCUUCCAGUUUGAAGGUCCAGCAGCAUGUCCUUCCUUCCCAGAAGAGAAGGAUCAAAGCACUUUUUAAUGGUACUACAGGCCAGUAUUUUUUUAGCAGCACUGUAACUGCCAGCAGCUAUAUCAGUCCCACUGGACAAACUGUCUGACUUGGUAUGAAGCAGCUUCCCAUGAAUGGUUGUGGCAUAUAAUAAAGGAGACCAGAGUUAAUAUCAUGGAUCCUAUUUCCUGUGUAUACUUUUUAAGUAUAUGGCUUUAAAUUAUAGCAAAUGCAAAUUUUAACAGUCAGUGCAGAAGAACUUUGUGUCAAUUUAUCCUGUAUUUUACUCAUAUUUCACUAUUACAGCUUCCCUACAUUCAAAGCACCUCACAGCUUGUCAGCUUGCUACACAUUUAGCUGCAAGGCACAGCAGGCUUGCCUGGAUUGUGCUUCCAAAUCUAACAAAGUGUUCUUUGCUUUUCAUUUCCUCAUGAAGAUUCUAUGACUGAAAAGAAAUACAUGUUACAUAAAAAGUACUCAAGUGGUGUAAGGAAUGUAUUUUGACAGCAGGUGUCACUUGUUUAAGUGAUCUUGAAGUCAUUACAAAUGGCUUUUUUUCAUCAAUAGUGAUUCCAGGCAAUGCACAUCUUCCUUCAUGAAGUAUUAUGUGGGGUCCAGACAUUAUCUUCCGCUUCUGUCCUUCCUGCAAUUCCCCGUUGCUUUUUAUAUCUUCCUUUCUCCCUACAAAAGAGUAUAGAAGAAAAGAUAGAAUAAUCCUAUAGUCUUGAUUGGCAGUACUAGAAGCAAUCUGCCUGGAAGCACUUUAAUCAUAUGUAUUAUUUAUUGUUUUGUCUUUGAUAUAACAUGAUAAAUUAUAUAUUUGAGAGCAACAACUACAAAUCUUUAGUGAAAAUAAUAUUUUAUCUGUAAAGUACCGGGGAGACUUCUAUUUAAAUGAAAGCUAUAAAUGUGCACUUUAAAGUUAAGGGGAUACAAAUGCUUCCACUGUAUUUUUCUGAUAAGUGGCUAUGUAAAUUAAUAUUCUUUUGGGUUUCACCAAGGAAAAAUAAUAAUAAUAAUAAUAAUAAUAAUAAUAAUAAUAAUAAUAAUGUUAAACUUAUCCUUUUCUGUAAAAUUAUAAAUUGUAUUUUUACUUCAUAAUAUUUUUAAAAGCUAAAAGCAGUCAGUAUUAUAAUUUAUUCCAGUUUAAUUUAUGAAUGCAAAAAAUUGACAGUCAGAUAGGAUUCAAAUAUAUUAUUUUACAAAAAGAACUUACACCAGUGGUUCUCAGCCUGUGGGUUCCCAAAUGUUUUGGCCUUCAACUCCCAGAAAUCCUAACAGCUGGUAAACUGGCUGGAAUUUCUGAGAGUUGUAGGCCAAAACACCUGGGGACUCACAGGUUGAGAACCACCUUCUUACACUCAUGAAUGACCGGGAUAGAAGACCUAUUGAUGGUUGCUUAGCUCUCUAAGAUUGCCUUCAUAUAAAUUGUUCAUUAAUAGAAUAAAGGUAUAGAAUUUUAAUCUGCACUACAAAAGUGGAUGUCAGUUAGAUAAGUGAACUUGCUUUAAACAGGCAUAAGGAUGUUUUCAUAUGUUUCUUUUCAAAAUAGUUUUGAAAAUCUAUUUUUUUUUUCAAAUCAAAUUGUUUAGAAAAGAGAAAUGUUGGGAGAUGUGUGUGAUAUUACAUGUGGGCGCUUAUUUCUUUGCAACAGAAGUGCCUCCAGGCAAAAUAUAUGUCUUCUGGCAGUCUCUAACUUAUUACCAAUGUGGAAGAUUUUUGGAAGUAAAUGAGACUGAUGUGUUAAAGGCCAUGAAAUGCUGGCUCAUAUUAUAUUCUUGAUAUGCUUCAAUAUUAUUGCACUUUUUCACUUUCAUCUUCAUAAAAUAUGCAAAAGCCAUUCCUUGAGUUUGCAAUGUCAACAUACAGUAGAGGGUAUCAAAUGGACGAAAUGGAAUUAAUGUCAGCAUUCUAUGGAUAUUUAAUUGUGAGCUACAUAAAAAGAAACUGUGCCAUAAGCUUUGAACAUGAAGUUUAAACAUUAUAUACAAUAGCUUGUGUGAUAGUGCGCCAAGCUUCCUUAAAAGGCAACAGCAAAAAAAAUGAUAUAAUAGUGUGUUAAUUAUUUGUCUGUGAUUUUUAAACAUUUCCUGUGAGUUUUGUCUAGACAACAGCAAAUGCCAAUUUAUGUCUAGAAGUAUUUCUUUCCAGUAAAUCCAAUGAAAAAAUGUCAUGCAUGAGUUUUAUUACAUUUCUUUUUCUUUCUUGUAUUAUUUCUCUAUUAAGCACUACAGCUAACAUGCUCUGGUGACAGGGGUGCUAAGAUGUGUGCAGCCUAUGGUGUUCAUGUAACUAGAUAUUUUGUUCUAAAAGAAGAAUAAAUGCGGCCAUUUUUCAA